GUCUGACAUUCAACCUCGAAACGCAAGUUCCCAAUCUGGUUAGCUCAUUCUCCAAUUAAGCACAGACCAACCCCGCAUCGAUAAGAUAAGACAACACCCCGCCAAAAAUUAAUUCAAGAUGCCUCCUGUUUGGUGUGCCAACGACGACUUGCGCCGCCGUCAACAGCUGCGUCAUCGUCGAGACCUCGCCCGCCAAGGGCUUGUCAACCAAAGACCCCAGGACGGAAACGUGUACAAUCCAUCCCCAGUCAUGGAAUCCACAGCACCGGCCGUCGGCGCCCUACCAGCUGCCGACUACGUGCAUGAUGAAGACGAAGACCUGGACGACAUCUUCGACUCGGCUGAUGAGUCUGGCCAUGACUUGCUGCACAACCCCUCUUCGGAUCUCAACAAGGCCUAUAACCGCCAAUCCCAGCUUCAUGGCUCCGCGUCCAAGGUUGCCGCGGGUGUGCCCGCUUCCAGCACCCAGAAGCCAACGGCAAACACAUUCGCCAGCGUCGACGACCAAGUCGCCGAGCUGUCCAAGCACGCCGGCAAGAUCCGUCUCGACAAUGUCAAGCAGACGCAGGAGCGUGACAAGGACAAGGCGGACCGUGCCACCGCCGAGCUGGUGCUUGACCAGCGCACUCGCAUGAUCCUGCUGCAGAUGAUCAACCAGGGCGUGGUCAGUGAGAUUCACGGUGCAAUCAGCACUGGCAAGGAAGCCAAUGUCUACGGUGCCGUGCAGUAUCUCGACAACGACAGCACCCCCAUCCAGCGUGCCAUCAAGGUCUACAAGACAGCCAUCUUGGUCUUCAAGGACCGUGAGCGUUAUAUCGCGGGCGAGCACCGCUUCAAGCGUGGCUCCGAGAAGGGCAACAACCGCAAGAUGGUCAAGCUCUGGGCCGAGAAGGAGUUCCGCAACCUGCGUCGCCUGCACUCCGCCGGCAUCGCCUGCCCAGAACCGCUCAGGCUUAAGCUCCACGUACUGGUGAUGGAGUUUCUGGGCGACAAGCGGGGAUACGCCUUCCCACGUCUGCGGGACGCGCGUCUCACGGGCGACGACGUCGACGAGCAGUGGAAGAACCUUUACGUCCAGCUGCUGGGCAUCAUGCGCCGCCUCUACCAAGUCUGCAGCCUGGUACACGCCGAUCUGAGCGAGUACAACAUCCUAUACAAUGACAACCAGCUGUACAUCAUCGACGUAUCCCAGUCUGUGGAGCACGAUCACCCGCGCUCGCUUGAGUUCCUACGCAUGGACAUCAAGAACGUGAACGACUUUUUCCGCCGCCAGGGUGUCGAUACGCUCCUGGACCGCACCAUCUUCAACUUCAUCACGGUCCCCGAGGGUCCCGUCAGCGAGCCGGAACUGUCCAAGGCCAUUGAGCGUCUGUACGAAGUUCGUCCCGCCGCGGCAGAGACGGACGAGGCCGUCGCCGAGAUGGAGGUCGACAAUGAGGUCUUUCGCAACCAGUACAUCCCGCAGACUCUAGACGAACUGUACGACAUCGAGAAGGAAGCCGACAAGCCUGUGGAUGAGUUGGUGUACAAGCACAUGCUGGCAGACCGGGUCGUCGCCGAUAAGAAAGCCGGCGAAGAGGGGUCCCAGAGCUCGGACGAAGGCUCAGUCGACGACGCUGCCGCAAGCGGUAAAGGCAGCGGCGACGAAGAAUGGUUUAUUUUUGACAAGGGCGCGCCGAGGGGGAAGAAGCAUGAGGAUAAGGACGAUAAGCGGUCCCACAAGCAGGCUGUGAAGGAGGAGAAGCGGGAAAAGCGCAAGGAGAAGAUCCCGAAGGCGGUCAAGAAGAGACUGGUGUCUACCACGACGCGGAAGAAGAAAUAGGCAGCAGUGAUUUUUGGCUUUUGUUAUUGAUGGUAUAAACAGCGAAGCACAACCGGAUGAUGAGAGCUCACUGCUCCGGAUGCUCAUGAGACAGGAGCGUUUUGCCUCGCGGCGUAACCUCUGCCUCUGACGUCCCUACGCAGGUCCAAGCGAGCCGAAGAGCUUGCGAUGACGAUCAAAGAGAGCACUGACGGUUGCGGCGUAGCGAAUCAUUGGUCUUGUUCAUGUCUUUCUCGCGGUCAUACUGGGUGGGUAGUGGUUUUCACACUUGGGGAGAUCCCUAGUAUGACAUGGCGAAGUAUUCACGUCCGGCUCAGGCUUGGACUGUCUGAUUCUGACUAUUUGGAAUUAGCUAGACAGCACUAAUAGACCAUGAUGACCCAAAAUGAA